UUCACACGUUCCAUCACAAUAGUUCCUUGAUGUGAGUUGCAAUAGAGAAGUGCUCUGUGCUGCAGCAACAGACGUGCCACCGCCCUGAACCCAAGCCUUGGCGACCCUAAUCCAUGACCCGUGGACGAGGACCUUUGUGUCCUGACAUGCCUGUGAAAAGUGCCCUAUCCCAGGCAGUGUACAGCCAGCCAUGGAGAAUCAGGCGUGGAUACUGAGGAGCUUCCUGGCCCAGCUGGAGAGACAGGAGGCUGUGGACAAGGAGGCACCAAAUGGCAUUGCUGGGGAGUUUGCGAGGUUGAAAAGCCAGUCAACUAAGUACCGCACUGACAAGACCUACCCCAGCAACACAGCAGAAAAGCAGGACAACAUCAAGAAGAACCGAUACAAGGACAUUGUUCCCUUUGACCACAGCAGAGUAAAGCUCACUCUCACCACAGCUAAAAAUGACACAGACUACAUCAACGCCAGUUUCAUCAAGGGAGUGUCAGGUUCCAGGGCCUACAUCGCUACUCAGGGUCCUCUGCCUCACACUGUACUGGACUUCUUGAGGAUGCUUUGGGAGUACAACAUAAUGGUCGUAGUGAUGGCCUGUCGAGAAUUUGAAAUGGGAAAGAAAAAGUGUGAGCGCUACUGGCCACAGAAACAAGAGCAGCCAUUUGUUUGUGAGCCUUUUACAGUUUACUGUGAUUCUGAGGAAAAUAAAGGAGAUUAUCUGACAAGGACGUUACGGGUGACUUAUCACAACUUUAGCAGAACUUUGAAACAGCUGCACUAUGUCAACUGGCCAGAUCACGGUGUACCAGACUCCAUCCCUCCCAUUCUGGAAAUGUUGCAUGAGAUGCGUUCCAAUCAAGCCCAUGAUGACAUCCCCAUCUGCAUCCACUGCAGUGCUGGCUGUGGUAGAACAGGAGCCCUGUGUGUCAUUGAUUAUACUUGGAACCUCCUGAAGAAACAGAUGAUCACUCCAGAUUUCAAUAUCUAUGACUUAGUUCAAAACAUGAGAACCCAGAGGCCCUCGUUGGUUCAAACCAAGGAACAAUAUGAGCUGGUCUACAGAACCAUCAAGGUACUGUUUGAGAGAUAUCUGCAGUCCAUGGAUGCACAGACUUGCAGAAAUGAGGUGACAAUGGCCCCAUCCACUAUCACACCUGACAGUGAAAGCGAGCUCUCUGACCUGAGUGAGGAGUUGAAUUUGCUGCCACAGUUCCAGCACCUGCUUGAUGAGGAAAGGGACGGUUUACCACAGUACCACACUGCCUUGCCUUCAGAAAAUCUCAUUGCCUUGAGAGACAAGGACAUGCAGAGGGACCAGCAACAAUGGCACCUGCUCCAGACCCUUCCUGAGGCUUUGGCCUCCACCCAGGACCUGCAGGAGGGACCCAGGACCUCACCCAAACUGGUGCAUACCUGCCAGAGUGCCCCUGCAGUUGAGGAGAGGAUACAGGAGGGCAAUGACAUACCAUUACUGAACCCUCCACCUCCACCAGCUGUGGCAGCAGCCAUUUGUCUGAUGGUGGAAGACCCCUACUUCGUCACUCCAAUGAGCCCCUCUUCAUCAGAGGAGGCACCAACGGACUUUACUGAAGACGCCAAACAAUGGACAGUUAGCCCUGUAUUCAGCACACCCUCACUGUGUCUGAAUGACCAGACUCUGGAGCUUAACUCUCCUGCCUCAGGUACUGCUGAAGUUCAUACAGAUGAGGAGGUACCUCCUCCCCUACCUCAACGAACCCCUGAAUCCUAUAUACUAGAUGUGGAUGCAGAGCACUUAGAUCCCUGUGAAAGGUUAAUGGUUAUCAUUCCACCCAAUGCUGCGGCUGAGGCUGUCAGGGAGUUGGGAGGCAGCCCCCCCUCACCUGUCCCCCCACUUCCAGAGAGAACCCCAGAAUCAUUUGAGUUGGCUCUUGAUCAAGCUCCUGUGGAGCAGAAGUUAGAGGUCACGCCGGCAGUGAACCUGAACAGAAUAGGAAUGUCUUCAGAAUGGUCUGGUAACUCAAAGCCAGCUGCCACUGGAUCUCAGAAUGAGACGAAACCUUGGGCAAGGAGUAAAAGUCUGAAAGCAAAAAUGAUCUUCACAGUACCAGUAACACAUCCUGAUCUUGCAUCAGAUAUAACUUCAAACCUCCACCCUUACUGUGCACCUGUCGACCCACUGACUCCUUCACUGCUUCCUCAAACUGAGGAGAGCCUGACUCCUCCUCUUCCUGACAGAACCCCAGAGUCCUUCGUCCUCACCACAGAAGACAUUCAUGAGAAAACCGCCCUCUGCCUGCAGCCCUUACAAGCAACACAGCCCUCACCAAGGGUAGGCUUGUCGUCUGAGUGGGAUGGCACCGCUCAGCCCAAGAAAUUCCUCGAUGUUGUUAUGAGCAGGAGCAAGAGUGUUCGGGCUAAAAGUUCUAGACAAGAGCCCCUCACUGCAGUUCGGCAGCUCACUCCAUCUCCUGUGGUUGUGGCUGGAGCAGGAAGUGCACAAGUGGGACAGCAUGAUGUGAAUCGCAGACCAUCCGUGAACACUGAGACAUCAGGAAACAAAUCAGACAAAAGCAACGAGAAGGGCAUGUCUAGAACAAGGAGUUUGAAGUUUUUUAGACAUAAACAAAAAUCUAAAAUUUCCCUUCCACCUCCUAUCCAACCUGGAACACCACCUCCAUCACAUGGUGCAUCAUCUUCAGCGUUCACAUUUGGAUUUGGAAAACGUUUUGGAAAGCCAAAAGGUCCCAGGAGUUAUCCAGAGACCUGGUUUUGAAGCAGUCACCCCUCUCUAAACAUCAAAAAUGGACCUGUUCUUCUAGUGAUGAUCGGCAUGAUACACUGCAUCGUUAAAGUAGUUAGGACAGUUUAUUACGAGUAUUGAAGCUUACAUACAGUGGACUUGAAAAGCACUGACGGCAGCUUCUCUGUCUCGCACAGCACAAUAGCAUCCUCAACAGAAAACAGGAAGUGCCUUGUUACCAGCUCUGAUGUGUUUUGUACUUUAUUUUGAUUAUUGAUCAAUGCCUCAUUGAACAACAUGGACAGCCACGAUGACCCUGACUUGAAUUUUUUUUUUUUAAGAUUAUUUUUUUGGCAUUUCUGCUUUAUUAUGAUAGUGAUAGCUGGAGAGAGA